AGCCCGUCCUCGGCCUGCCUUCCCCGGAGGAGCUGGAACGUUGGCCGCGGGUUCCGCCGCCUCGGGAGCCCUCGGAACCCUGGGUCCAGCCGCGGUGGUAGCGGCGGGGGCGGCUGCGGGCCUCCCGCGCAGCCGCGAUGCUGAGCUCCCGGACGGAGGCGGCGAUGACCGCGGCGGACAGGGCCAUCCAGCGCUUCCUGCGGACCGGGGCGGCCGUCAGAUAUAAAGUCAUGAAGAACUGGGGUGUCAUCGGCGGGAUUGCCGCUGCCCUGGCAGCAGGGAUAUACGUGAUAUGGGGUCCCAUUACAGAAAGAAAGAAGCGUAGAAAAGGGCUGGUGCCUGGCCUGGUCAACUUGGGGAACACCUGCUUCAUGAACUCCCUGCUGCAGGGCUUGUCCGCCUGCCCCACUUUCAUCACGUGGCUGGAGGAGUUCACCACCCAGUACACCCGAGAUCAGAAGGACCCCGCCCAGCACCAGUGUUUAUCCUUAACACUGUUGCACCUCCUGAAAGCUUUAUCCUGCCAAGAAGUUACUGAUGAUGAGGUCUUGGAUGCGAGCUGCUUGUUGGAUGUCUUAAGAAUGUACAGAUGGCAGAUCUCCUCAUUUGAAGAACAGGACGCUCACGAACUGUUCCACGUCAUCACCUCGUCACUGGAGGAUGAACGGGACCACCAGCCCCGGGUCACACAUUUAUUUGACGUGCAUUCCCUGGAGCAGCAACCUGAAAUUACUCCCAGACAGAUAACCUGCCGCACCAGAGGCGCUCCUCAUCCCACAUCUAAUCACUGGAAGUCUCAGCACCCUUUCCACGGAAGACUUACUAGUAACAUGGUCUGCAAGCACUGUGAACACCAGAGUCCCGUUCGAUUUGAUACCUUUGAUAGCCUUUCACUAAGUAUUCCAGCUGCCACAUGGGGUCAUCCACUGACCCUGGACCACUGCCUUCACCACUUCAUCUCGUCGGAAUCAGUGCGGGAUGUCGUCUGUGACAACUGUACGAAGAUUGAAGCGCAAGGGACAUUGAGCGGGGAGAAGGUGGAACACCAAAGGACCACUUUUGUCAAACAGCUGAAACUAGGGAAGCUCCCCCAGUGCCUGUGCAUCCACCUCCAGCGGCUGAGCUGGUCCAGCCACGGCGCGCCCCUGAAGCGGCAUGAGCACGUGCAGUUCAACGAGUUCCUAAUGAUGGACAUCUACAAAUACCGCCUCCUUGGACACAAGCCAGGUCCCUGCAGCCCCCAGCCGCGCGACGACGCGGGGCCCGUGCUGGACCUGCAGGACGGGCCGGCGGCCCCCAGACCAGGUCGGAACCAGCCUGGGGGCCGCAAAACACAGAUUUUCAUGAAUGGCGCCUGCUCCCCGCCUUUCUUGCCCACCCUGCCAAGCCCGGUGCCCUUCCCCCUCCCAGCCGUUCCCGACUACAGCUCCUCCACGUACCUCUUCCAGCUGAUGGCGGUUGUCGUGCACCACGGAGACAUGCACUCCGGACACUUCGUGACCUACCGGCGGUCCCCGCCCUCGGCCAAGAGCCCUCUGUCCACCAGCAGCCAGUGGCUGUGGGUUUCUGACGACACCGUCCGCAAGGCCAGCCUGCAGGAGGUCCUGUCGUCCAGCGCGUACCUGCUGUUUUACGAGCGCGUUCUCUCCAAGAUGCAGCACCAGGGGCGGGAGUACAAGUCCGAAGAAUGAGCCUGCGCCGGCCCCAAAGCUAGAGCUGAUGGCACUGUCCAAACUGUGCGUGUCUGUGCGUGUGCGUGUGCCUGCGAGUGUGUGUACGCAGCUCCACUAGACUCCUCCAGCCUCCUGGUGUGUUCUUAGAGCAGGUUUCACAUGGGAGCCAGAGGCCCCGAUUCAAACCCGAUCCGGCUCCCCGCACUGCCCCGCUGGUGUGCGCUGGAGGGCACCAUCGCCCUGUUAGGAAGGCAGUCCUUCUGUGUAGAGCGUCUCGUUACUCACCUGAUACAGGUAAUUAAAGAAACCAGACUCUGGAAGCCCCUUUUUUGUACCCUGCUGUGUUAGGUGUUCUCAGAGGGGAGUUAACUUUGUCUGAGCCCCUGAUGUUUCAGCAUAGAUCUCUUAUUUUUAAUAAGCUGGCCCGUAAAAAUGGUUGAAUUAGUGAAAUUAUUAAAGGCAACAAUUUAGAAGAAAAAGUGCCUUUCACUUUUCAAUUGCUUUUGUAGCACAUCCCUUCUGGAAAAAUCCACAUUAUCAGAGAGUCACAGAAACAAGUUUUUGAAAAGCUCUGUUCCUCCCAAAGUUAACUGAAUGGAGAGCAAAAGAAGAGUUAAAGAUGCCUAAAGCCUACCACCUUCCCUCCUUUUUGUAUGUCUUUUUCUAACCUUUCAAUUCUUUAUAUAUGGUAAAAGCUCAUUUCCAAAUCUGCCCCUUGAGGAGGGCCUCUCACCGCUUGGUCAGUGACCGGUGAACCGCUUUCUGGCUGCUCCUGUUUUUUGUACAGCGGACUUGGAAAUGUGGGUACCGUGGCCCAUCGGGCAUGUGAACAGCUGGAACUCAGCGGCCUCCUGUCUCACUUACGACUCCUCUGCUCUGUGGGAAACCCUUUCUCACACACAGAUCCCCCAUGGACAGCGAUUCUCAUCCGCGUAUUCAUCGCCCAUGCAGAGCUCUUAAGGUUUACAGGCGGGGCCGGCAGGGGCUGGGCCACAAAGACAAUACCGGCCUCCCUCUGAGAGCCAGAUUCAGAACAGAGGGCCCUGGCCCCGGGGCUGCAGCCUCUCUGGACCUCAGUUUCCUCGUCUGUAAAGUGAAGAGUUAAACUCGACGACCAUCGGAGUUACAGGCCUUCCCACAAAGAACAAGUUGAAAGAAGUUUUAGAAAAACACCGUUUAAACAUAGAACUCCAGCUAAUACCUGGUACUGUCGCUCUGUCGCAGGUCCACACUCCCAGUGCAUUCAGCCCCGGCAGCCUCACACAAAAAGACUACUGAGUGUCUCCUCCCCCUCCAGGUAAGUCUCACAGAUGCAGCCCAGGCCGGAAAGAAUUUUGACAUCACAGCGGUCUAUGUUUUAGCGAGAUUUUUUAUUUUAAAAAAAAGGAUACCAAAUUUAGACAGACUCUUCAGAGAUAAGAUCUGGAAUCAGACGCAUCCGAAAGGUCACUAGGGGUAAGGCUAAGAACUGCUCUGUCCCUGGUGGGUGCGAGCUGGCGGACACCUGCAGACAGUGCCUUGGGGUCAGGCAUAAGCGCCAGAGGCCCAGGGGACCACCGUCCCACCGGCCAGCGUGCGUCCCGAGGACCCAGAGCACUCGCUCCCAACAGACUGUCCUGUGAAGGUUCUUGAGGCCGCGAACGUCAGGGUGAGAGGAGCAGCGUGGAGCUUCUGAUCUGUUGGUGGCAGGUUGUAUAUGAGUCCGGGGGAACAAAUGCUCAACUGCGUGACCUCCAGCUGCCUUGCAAAGCUGUAGCUCUGGGUACCACUGUCCCGCCACUGCCUCCUCUUUGAAAUCUGCCAUUAAAGAGAUACUGGGUGCCUCAUCCUCUGGACGUCUCCUUGUCAGGUCUCUGGUCACAGGUCAGGGGCAGAGCCUCAGCUGUAAAUGUGAAUGAUAUCCAUGCAAAGUCUCUUCUCCUGACUUCCUCAUUUUGUAAAUUAUUAGGCAGUUAAGUAGCAGCCGAGUCAUCUUAUUUCCGGUUUUAAGUUAUUUACAGAGUCGCUUCCUUUUGCGAAAACGUACAUUACACUAGUAGUUUCUGGCAUAACAACUGCUGAUUUAUGUAUUUGCUAAAGGCACCUUUUGUAUCUGCUGUGUAUUAUAGCAAUAAAAGAAUCGUUUUGCUAGG